AUGUGGGGCGCCUGGCUGCGGCGCGGGGUCCGCGGGGCCGGCGGCCUCCGGGGUCUGGCGUCGGGCGGCCCACCCUGGAGCCAGGUGGUGUCGGAGGCCGAGAAGAUCGUGGGGUACCCGACGUCCUUCAUGAGCCUGCGGUGCCUGCUGAGCGACGAGCUCAGCAACAUCGCCAUGCAGGUCCGCAAGCUGGUGGGCACCAAGCACCCGCUGCUCGACACCGCCCGGGGUUUUGUGUACGAUAGCCGAAAUAAUUUACAGAUGCGAGGUUUGGUCGUGUUGCUUAUUUCCAAAGCUGCUGGACCCAGCACAGCAGAACUCUCUUUCCAGCACAACAUGGUCAGUGGAAUUUAUUCCAGUCAAAGAAGUCUGGCUGAGAUUACGGAACUGAUCCACACUGCCUUUCUGGUGCAUCGUGGCAUAGUGAAUAUUGGUGAGCUCAAGUCCUGCGACGGCCCGCUGAAGGAUAUGCAGUUUGGAAAUAAAAUGGCUGUUUUGAGUGGAGAUUUUCUUCUAGCAAAUGCUUGCACAAGCCUUGCGCAGUUGCAGAAUACCAAGGUUGUGGAACUCAUUUCAAGUGCUAUUGGUGACUUAGUUCAAGGUAUAUAUUAUGAAAACUCAAAAUCAUCUGAGGAGAACUGUCUUACAGAUGAUAUCAGCAUAUCUACGUGGAAGGAGCAGGUUUUCCUGUCACAUAGUGCCUUGCUGGCAAAGAGCUGCCAGGCUGCAAUGGAGCUAGCAAAGCACAGUGCUGAGAUUCAGGACAUGGCAUUUCAGUAUGGAAAGCACAUGUCUAUGAGUCAUAAGCUACAUUCGGACCUUCAGCCAUUUGUUAAAGAAAGUUCUAGUGACACCGUGGCCUUCAGUUUGAAUUCUGCUCCUGCAGUCCUCCAUCAGGAAUUCCUUGGAAGGGAGGCAUGGAUUAAACAGAUCAGAGAGGCACAAGGAAAAGGAAAUUCAAUAGACUACAAGAAGCUGCAGGAAGCGAUCAAGGCCGGCAAAGGUGUGACUUCUGCCAUCGACCUCUGCCGCUGCCACGGAAACAGAGCGCUGGCGGCCCUGGAGCGCUUCCCUCCCUCCGAGGCCAGGGCCGCCUUGGCCAACAUCGUCUACGCCGUGACCAGGUUUCCCUGACCCGCCGCCCCGGGAGGAGCUGCUCUCCCUCCGCGGUCGGGAGCAACCCGGCAGGGAGGCCGACGAUGCCCCGCACCGCUGGUCACCUCAUCCCCCCCGUCCCGUCCCGACGGAGGAGAGCGUGCCGGCUGCCGCCGCCGCCACCGGCAAAAUUCGGGAGGGGGAAGAAGAAAAGGUCACAGCCGGCUUUCGCUUGUCAUGCCACAAGCGCACUUGAGGCUGCACCGGUAGAAAUAAUUAAUGAGUCCCGUUUCCGUGACCUCAGCAAAUGGACAGGAAAUAAGGCGGUAUUGAUUGGGCACCGGCGGGGACGGCGCCAGGGCGGAGGCCGGUGGUUUUCCUGCCCGAGGGAGGGAUGGAGGGGCGUGAAGAUGCAGGUGUCACAAGAAACCCGCUCAAACCUGCCCAGAGAGAGCGAGCUGCCGAAGCCGGGAAUUAACGUACCCGCUUAUCAAGGGGAAGGGCCGUUCGGGGGAUUA